GCCUGAUGGGGGUGUUUGUCGCCUUGUUGCGUCACCGGAAUACUACAGUUCCCAUAGUGCAUUGCAGCGGCCAACGGAAGUACUUCCUCGGUUCAGAGUGCAACACGGAAACAUGCGGGUUUUAGUUACGGAGAUGUAUCGAUUGGAAGCAUGUUCCCAGUGUUAAUAUGAAAAUCAUCCCAGUCGUUACAUUUGCGCGUGUAUUUGUCAUCGUCCACGUGUGUCGGAUAUGUCCGUGAACGCAUCACAGCACGAGUUGAACCGGCUGAUCCACCGACACCUGAAGGAUCAUGGUUUCCACUCAGCUGCAGAGGAGCUGGAGAGGCACAACCCACAGAUGUCUAUGAAUUGUCUGCAAGGGAAGACAGACAUAUCUGCGUCGUUACUGGACAUCUACAGUUCGUGGUACAAUGACUCAAAAAAGAAAAAGAGGUCUGACUCAGCCAAGCGCUCCAGGUCUCAAGAACAAGGAGGGACUCCUGCCAAAGCAAAGAAAAAGAGAGAGAAACUGGGGAUGAAAACAGAGACAAGCAAAAAGAAGGCCGUGCCAGGUAAAAGAAAAAAAAGUGAUGGAAAAUCUGUUGCAAAUGAUGCCAAGGCAAAGAAAUCAAAGACACAACCCAAGGACAAAGUCGUGUCUGCUGGUGGAGACGAUUCAGACUCUGACAGCAGCCUGGAUGUAGAUAAAUGGAAGAAACUGGUGCAGCAGUUGACAGAGGCUGACAUUGCCAAGAUGGACACCAUCAAUGCUCUGGAUUCCUCUGAACCCCAACCCAAGAAAAAGAGAGUCAGGAAACCCCCGGCGAAGCCUCCCACAAAGAGCAACACUCCCACUCUCACACAGAAUGACGCGGCAGUUGAAAAGAAAGAAAUAGAUACGCCAACAAAUAACAAGAAGAGCAGUCCAAAGAAAAAGACUGCACCUGUCGCCUCCUCUGCCGCCCCGAGCCAAGAGCAAAUCCUCAACGCUGCAGAGGAUACACUGACUCCAUCCACCGUCCCUCCUUCAAAACAGACACCAACUAAAGAGAAACGGAAAGCCAUCGAAAAUGAUGAGACAGCGUCUGAGCCCAGGAAGAAGAGAAAGAAGAAGAAGAAAGAGAUGACAGAGGAGAAGGUGGAAGGGAAUGAAAUUGACAAUGGAGGAGAUGGCCAAGAAAAAGAGAGUGAAGAAGAGAAGGAAAAAAGGAAUGAUGCCACAAAGGAGGAAUGUGUUGGUGAAUCUGUGGAGGAGAAGAAGACAAAGGGGAAAGAGGGGGAUAAGAAAAGGAAGAAGAAUGAAGAGGAAUCAAUUGAGAAAAAUCUAAAUGGAGAUGCUGUUAAAGAGGACAUCUCGGAGCCAGCAGAACAAGUAAAGAAACAUAAGAAAAAGAAAAAGGAGAAAACUGAUUAUGAGGAACAUUCAGAUCUAACAGAUGAAAACAAGAAGGUGAAGAAGAAGAAAAAGACAACGGAGGAAAAUCCAGAGUUGGCAGCUGAAGAAGUACAAGAAAAUACAGAGCACAGUGUUGAAGAGAAGAAAGAGAGGAAGAAGAAGAAGAAGACAGUGGACAGUGAGGAACAGUUGGAGAAAGUGGAAGAAAACAAAGAAACUACGGAGCAGAUCACAGAAGAAAAAAAGGCGAAGAAGAAGAAAGAUGUGGCUGCUAAUGGUGAAGACAAUUCAGAGCAAAUAGUUAACAAAAAGAAAGAGAGAAAGAAGAAAAGGGAAAAUCCAGAUGCAGAAAAUCCAGAACAGAUAGUUGAAGAGAAGAAAAAGGACAAAGCUGAUCAUAGUGAGGUUUCGGAGCAGAUCGCUGAAGAAGAUAUAACAAUAACGAAAAGCGAGAGCUGUGACGGAGGAGAAACGCCAGAGCAGACGACUACAAUGAAGAAGAAGAAGAAGAAGAAAAGGGACUCAUCAUUGGAAAAUAACUCUACUGACACAGAUCCACUACCUCAGCCCGUCUUUGAGACACCCAGUCCUCCAACAGAGAAGAAGAAAAAGAAAAACAAGUUGAAAUCAGCCGAGGUCCCCGAGACGCCUGUGGGUACUGACCAAGACACGACCGCAACAGAAACACCCUCCAGUGACCCCCGCAGAAAGAAAAAGAAAUCCUCCAAGAACACAGAGUCAUGAACACGUUCAGUCUUCAUCAGUGCACAAGGACAAAGUCAACACAACCUUACCACCCAGUUACUAUUCAUGUUUUAAUGGUUUCAAUGAUCACUUCAAAAUUUAAUUUUUAUUUGGGUACUUUCUUUUAUUUGUUUUGAAGAUUUUGUGCCAUAGCUGUCUUUUUUUUACUGUGUUUUUUUUAUUGUGAUGCCCAUUUUAAUGGCUUACAUAUGUAGAAGGGGUUGUAACUGUUUAAUUGAUUGGAUAUUUGUGAAACUGAUUCACAUUGAACAGAAUCUCAUCCUCCUUCAGUCUGCCAUGAUAAACUUAUCCGAACUAGAGGGAAAUUAUUACAAAAUUCAAUGGAAAUUGUGUUAAAAGUGUAUUUUAAAUGAAAGUUGCAUGUUUUUUUAAAGAAUUUUUUAACUGUUUGAUAAAGCUUUCAUAUGUAAUCUGUAAAUUUUGCUUUUAAUACAAAGUAAACGCUA